CUUCUCUUCAGUCUUCACCCCCUCAAGUCUCAACAACACAACUCAAUGAAGGCUGAGAAUGAGAGUUCUCGCAGAGGGUCCCCAGCUUCAACCAUUUCUUCCUCUUCCAAUGUUGUUGACAACAACCCUUCUCACUCAUCUCACUCGAGGGCCACUCGUCGUCGUUUUGCUUCUCAUCAGCUUCCUGAGAUAAGCCUCAAAACGCCUAUGGUUAGGCCUUAUGUUCGAUCCAAAAUGCCUAGGCUUCGUUGGACACCAGAUCUCCAUCGUUGCUUCGUGCAUGCAGUUCAAAGACUAGGAGGAGAAGACAGGGCCACACCAAAGUUGAUUUUACAGCUCAUGAAUGUAAAGGGGCUUACUAUAUCUCAUGUCAAAAGCCAUCUUCAGAUGUACAGGAGCAUGAGGCACGAGCAGAUGAGUGAAGGUGCAAAGAAGAAUGAUAUGGCACCAGAUUUGCUAGCUCCAACAUUCUCGACUCUUGGCCCAAGGUACGGCCACCAGAAUCCUCGCCAAAGAAGCUGCACCCAAGACCUUGUUCCUAUCCAACCUCAAUGGAAUGUUGAUGAGCAAGAUUUUUACAAUGGAAAGCAAGGCGAUGAACAGAAGGUGCAAUCCUACAUCAUGUUCGAGGGUGUUCUGAGAGGCCAAACUGUCCGAGUCCAAGGGAAUAAAAAUGAAAAUGGUGGUGAAAGCGAGCAUGAAAGAUUCGAAGACAGAACUGGCAAAGGAGAGAGAGUGGGACUGUCCCUGUCAUUGAACUCACAUCCAUUCUUGAAUCGCAGCGUUACUGGUCCAGAUGCGAAUGAUGUCUCUCUUGAGCUCACCCUCUCUUAGAAUCAUGCACAUAAUAAUACCUACCUACCUACUUUUUUAUUUUUCAUAUUGCUGCAUCACCUUUCAACUCUUCUUCUCAUAUUUAUAUAAAUG